AUGAGCGACAUUCGUCAAAGGAAGCGCCCUCGGGAAGGCGAAGCACCAGAAGGCGAGGGCUCCGGCUCCGUCCCUGAUGCGUCUGCCUCGAAGCUCCAAGAGCAAAUAGAGGGCUACCGCCACGCCCUUGACAAGGCGGUACGUAAGGCCUCUAGCCUUGAAAGAGACGUCCUGUCAACGACCGGAAAAGUCCACGAUUCCCUCGUGCAAGGAAACGAUCUGCAGAUCCAAUGGACCCUCUGGCUGAAGGCCCACAUAACCCUUCUUAAGUCUCGUUGUUGUAAAUGCGACGGCCCUAAGUGGCAAUAUCUUUUCGCUAAAUGCAAACAUGUUAGUUCUACGAUGUGCUACUGUAUUUACUACGCUGAUGGUCUCGGUCUAGAAAGCUUGCGAGAACUGUGUCGAUAA